AUGUUUAUGGAAGUAGAUGUGAGGCAAGGAUUACUUAAUCCGUUCCUAUACUUUCCUUGUACCGCCAUCGAAACGAACUAGAUCAUGCUAUACACAGGAAUAAUGCGGAUUCUGCUCGCCAAGAAUGUGAGCGUUGCUGGAGGCCGUCCCGAUCUUGCAUCUGCUCGGCGUUGACAGCGCAGCAGUACUGCAAUUGCCGUGUAAGGAUCAUGAUAUUACAGCAUCCACGAUGCCAGGUCAGCAUUGGUACGAUAAGGAUCCUAAAGAUGAGCUUCAAAUACUGUCAAAUCGUGAUCGGCAAGGACUUCAAGACUGGUCGAUCAGCAGAACUAGAUCAAGCACUCGGGGAUCCGAACUGUUCGCCUCUACUUUUGUACCCAAGUCACUCUGCCGUCGAUAUCCAAACCUUGGCACCAGAACCAUCAUUGCCAUUACCAGUAGCGCCCUCAGACGGCAGCAAUGGCACGACUCAGCAUGCAGCGCAGUCUCGUUACUUUUGCCAGGAUUGCAUCCACGACCAAAGCGCCGACAGUACCGAUAUGAUGAACGAUGCUAACAACCCACAGUCUACAUCUCCAACACCAUACCCUUAUAAACUCAUCAUCGCCCUGGACGGCAGCUGGUCCCACGCCAAGAUCAUGUACCGCUGCAAUCCUCGUCUGCAACAGCUAGCUCAGAUUAAGUUUCCGAACCCGCCCCAGUCCAUAUACCAUGGCCUGAAACCAGAACCCAAGGCGACCUACACCUCGACAGCCGAAGCUGUAGGUCAGGCGGUCGCACUGCUUGGCUGGCCAACUGUUUCAGGAAGCGCGUUCGCAGAAGACGGUUCGUCGACUGAAGCAGAGCUGUUACUGGAGGAUUUGGUCCGACCGCUGAAGAAGAUGAUCGAGAUCCAAGAUACUAUCCAGGACCAACAGAAGUAGUAGAAACAGAAACAUGAACAACAACAAGAUUAAGCUAUAGAUCUAGACAAUAGACAUCUAUAGGGAUCUUAAUAAGGAGACAAACGUUUUUGUUCAAAAUCAUUGCUUUGUUCUGCUUUCGAAAGCUAGUGUCUAUCGCCACGUCUAAAAGUGUUACCAGUUGCUCCGUUCCUGACCAAAUUAAACAUCGUUCCGCGCCGUUCAUUAAUGCUCUAGAAUGAGCCGCUGUUAAC